GUGUGACUCUCACACUCUCACUGGUUAGAUUACUUCAGUUGGGCUCAGCAUGGUGGGACUUUUCCAGCUUCUGCAGAUGCCUUCUGUACACUGUGUUUCGUACGGCUGACACCAGGCGCUGAAACAAUCACGCAGUUCCGGAGAUGGACACAACAUACUGGAGUAAAAGCGGGCCAAGCAGCAUCUCUGGAGGAUAAGACACACACUGGGUCAGGUAGCAAAUUUGAAAUAGUCGCAAUGGAUGAUUUAGAAAGAUGUAAUUUCAAUUCGGUUGAUGAAGAAAUAAGUUAUUGGAAAGAGCUUGCUCUGAAAUACCAACAUUGUGCACAGAAUUCUCGGGAUGAACUAAUUGAGUUCCAGGAAGGAAGUCGAGAACUAGAAGCAGAAUUGGAAAUUCAACUUGAGCAUGCUGAAAAUAGAAAUCGUGAAUUGCUGUCCGACAACAAUCGUCUCCGUAUGGAGCUUGAGUUGUUUAAGGAAAAGCUAGAAGAACACCAUUCGGAGAAUUAUAAACGCAUUAGUUUUCUGCAAGAUGGGCUCACUGAAACCACAGCAGUUAAAGAUCAACUGCAAAAGUACAUCAGAGAACUGGAACAAGCCAAUGAUGACUUGGAAAGGGCAAAAAGAGCGACUAUUAUGUCACUGGAAGACUUUGAGCAGCGCCUGAACCAGGCAAUUGAGAGAAACGCCUUCCUGGAGAGUGAACUCGAUGAAAAAGAAAACCUUCUGGUUUCUGUACAAAGACUGAAAGAUGAAGCAAGAGAUCUGAGACAAGAAUUGGCAGUACAGCAAAAACCAGAAUCGAUCGGAAAACCCUCCGUGGAGUCUGAAAAUACAUCAUUGCAAGCAUCCACAAUACCUUCAACCCCAUUCCUCUGCAAAGGACCCAGCAGUGUGUUCCACACACCUUCCUUAAUUACAAAAGAUGGUUACACUGGCAGUCCUCUGACUCCAUCAGCCAGGAUAUCUGCACUUAACAUAGUGGGAGACUUGCUUAGGAAAGUUGGGGCUCUGGAGUCCAAACUUGCAUCCUGUAGGAAUUUUGUCUGGGAUCAGUCUCCAAACCGUGGAACUUUGCCAUCUGCUCAGAAUGGAAACCACUCCAUCAAAGACAACAAUGAUAAUCGGAUGUCAAAUGCAAACCUACCCCAAUAUGACAAAGGGUUGGCCAAAAGACUUGAGUUUGGAACACUUGCCUCAAAGGUCUGCAUGCAAGCAACUGUGUCACCACAGGGUGUUGUCAAAAUCUUGCUCUGAGCAUGGUCAUUUUUAAAUUUGACUUGUUUUUAAAUCUGACAUGUUUAUAAAUUAAUAUUUUUGUAACAUUGCUUUCAGUGGGGAAGUUAGCGAAGGAAAAGUUUUUUUUCUGCUGGUGCAUUUUGACGUUUAGUUUUUGAAAGCUAAAAGUAGAUUUUUCUUUCAUAUUGAAGGUGUAUGGCCGAUAUUUUGUGAUUAUGUAGAAGCCUGCUCCACCUUGGGUGUGGACAAAGAGCUCAUUUAAAAAGGGCAAGUCUAAACAAAUAAUUAGAAGGGUUUUUAUGGCCUAAAAAUUUUAGGUGAAGAGCUACAUUAUUCUAAUUGUAGCAUUUUAGUAACAUCGCAUAAGGAAACUGGCUAAUUGAGGAUAUAUCACCAAAGGGAAGUUUUUCCUUUUGACAUUUUUAUUUUUGUAGAUUAUGUAGCUCCUUGGUAGCUGGUCAUAGAACCUUGACGUUCUAACUUUAAAUUAUUAGAACCCAAAUUAUUUAAUUUAGUAUUUAAUUGGAUAACCUUUUGCUUAUUUGAAGAUGCUGCCUCAACCUGCCUCAACAAACUUGUGCUAUUAAGGAUUGCGACUUUUUUUGUUUCGGAAGCUUUGUGUGACACUUAAGGAUGCCAAUUUACCUUGAUUAUUCCAAGAAAAUAGUAUUCAAUGAUGCACCAGUAUACAAUGUACCCAUUCUGUAUAUUCUCCACCUUCUGUCCAACUAUGGGUUAAACUAUUAGUUUGUUUAUAAUUGUCGUUUAUUUCAUUUAUCAAUUUGUAUACUGUAAUAUCUAUAUCUAUCUAUGAGGAUUGUGCGCAUGUUUGUGCUAGCAAAGCAGUCUACCUAUCCGUCUCGCACUUUGUAAAUAUUUAAUCUGUUGCCUUUAUCUAAGCUGACAUCUUGUAAAAGGAAAUCCAAAUUUGUUCAACGCUUUAAAUAGAAGUUUAAAUGGAAUCCUGUUCCAAUAUCUGUGUGUGGUGCUUUAUGCAGAGCUAGUCCAAAAUGUAUGCAGAAUUAAAACGUGACAGCGAGGUUCAUUUAUGGUACGUAUACUGAACUUUUUUUUUUUUUUGUUUCACUUGAAGGACGCAGGAAUAUAAAGGAUAUAGGUCACCGUAUUUAGUUCAAUGAGUUCUAAUGAUUAGCAAACACUAGAAGUUAAAUACAUUCCACAAACAUUGGUACAUUAUAUGAUAAUACAAUGCUAUUUGUGCAGAGACAUGAUGAUACAUCCAUUGGUGUUUGUAACAAGAUAGGCAGUUCAAAUAAUAACUUGAUGCAAACUGCAUUAAUUGAAGAAUUGUGCUUGGUUCCCAAGGGAAUAUUGUUCCGAAUGUUAGAUUGGUGCAUUGGAAAAUGUAUCAGAAAACUGGAUUAGUCUUGGAAGUGGAAAGCUAACAAUUUGAAUAUAAAUUUCUUUACUGGCAAAAGAAUAGCAGUGAAAUUCUUGGUAAAUAAGCAAGUAGAUGAAUAAGACCAUAGAAUGGAUAGUGCCUUAAUGAUCAGUGCCUUUUUUGAUUUUUAUGGAAGAAUUAGUUGAGGUCCUUUGUUCUGAUUUGGUUUGGUUGUUGAAUGAUGCAAUUGGAAAGCCAAUAAGUUCUAAGGAUUUAAGUUGAGUGAAGAUUAGUUGACCAAUUAGAGAAAAAUGUCCAUUGAUUUUUCAUAAAGAGUGCAAAACCUGCAUCAAAGCUUUGUUUGCAGCAUUAGGAAGCAAGCUCCGAGGUUGUAUUACUUUAAGCUGUAGCCUAUAAUAGGUAUGUCCAGGUUGUAUGUCCAAAUCCGUCCGUUGAUUUCCAGGUUAAAGCCAUUGACUUGCAAAAAGGUUUCUUGUCUGGUCAGAAAAAUUGAGUAACCAAAGCAUAUGGCAGCAUACAGGGUGAGCAGGAUCUUGCUAUAAUUGCAAAGCUCAACUGGAACCUAUUCAGGAUCUCCUACCCAAGAUUGGGAAGUACUAGUUGGGGGCAAAUCAUUUUUGUAAACCAAAACUGGUAUUUGUAUUUUUGCAUAAUGCAAACUGGUUUACAUGGGGCCACCCUGUCUUUGCCGAAUCACGCAUGUUGUCUCUUGUAGGGAUUUAUGAGGUAGACUAUGAAUGGAUUGAUUGCCUCUGAUUGCCUUUGUCUGCUCAGUGCACCAAUGUUUUGUUUCUGCAUAAAGUUUUGAAUCCACGGUUAUCCUUUAAAUCAUGGCUGCAUCUCCUUGGAGAGCAACAUUUCCAGACUUUUGCACCUAGUGCCCGUAUUUUAUUUCUGCACUGUUAUUUGGUGCCUUCAUUACCAUCUCCAGCAUCAUCCACUGUGAUGUUUUGAUUUGCCAUAUAAGACCAAAUUUACUGCUGUUAGGGUGAUUGGUGCCUAUUUUUUUCACAUAAAAAAAAUUAUGUAGUGAGCAUCCUGUAUGUUGGGUUAUUGGUGCUGCGAUGUUUGCUCAUUGUCAGCUUAUUCUCAUGGCAGGAUUAUAUACUCUCCCAACUUGAAGGAUGGUUGUCAUGGGAUACUGCUGCAAUAGGUGGGAAAUACCAUUGUUUUCAUGCCAGCAACUUCUGAGUUGACCAUACUCACCCUGAGAAUGCAACAUUUCAUAAAUUGCAAAAUCACUUGAAGAUUUGGAGUAAUGUGUACAGUUUAUGGUUGCAGAUUUGAGUCGCCAUGUCUAUUUUUACAAUGUUGCCAUAUCUAACUUGUAAUCUUGCAAUGUAUGUAAAUUAACUGCAUUUCUUAACCGGUCAACUGAAAUAAAGUUGUUAUCAUUCCCCA